AUUUUUGGUAAAUAUCAUCUGACGCAUUUUCAAGCUGUAUAGCUUAUUUACGGAUUGUGCCAUUUGCCCCUUCUUGUAAGAGUAAUCCGAUUACGACGGCCCUUUACUCCUUUUCUUUUCAGUUCAGUUCAGUUCUUCUCUGCAACCAAAUCCAAUCCAAAUCUACACCCUCCAAUGUUAAAUCCCUCCCAAAAUCCUAAUCUUCUCCGACCCGAUCCAUCCUUUGCCCCAUUUCUUUUCCAGACCAUCUGAUCCAAUAUCACUCCCAUGGCGCUCGUCUGAUUUGGAGGUGAAUUUUGUGAGGCUGUGGAGAAGUUUCUGAUUGAACAGGCAUGAAGAGAGAAUUGGCUCGUGUAUUGGAAGCCAAGUCUGAGCUCGCCGAAUCGCUACUUGGUGGGACUCGGGCUUCAUCUGCUUCUGUGUCUGAGUCACAGACGAGUUCUGGUGUGGAAGGUUCUGAGAAUUUUAGCAAUAAGAGAUUUAAAGGCUGUAUUGUGAAUGGCGUAAUUGUGUAUACCCGAGCUAGGAAGUCUCGGAACAACAAUGCGCGUGUAGAUGAGCAUGUUGAGCGGCUUAAGCCACCUCCUAGUGCUGAUGCGUGUAUACAAAGUGAGUUGGUUGAAGUUUUAGUGGAAGAUGAUACUAUUGGUAGUUCGGCAAUUCGUCCGGUUAAGCAUGAGUCGACGAGUGAGCUUCAUUCCUCUCUGGUAGCCCCCUUCCCCUUGGAAGGUGGUGCUGUGGAGGUUCCAGUACUAAUGGUUGAGAAGAAUUUGGCGCAAGAGGCAUUACGGCGGUUUACUCGCUCGGCAUUCAAACCAAAGUUUGAAACAAUAGAGGUAAAGACUUUAGUGAAUGAACGUGAGGCUGUGGGAAAUGAAUUGAUGUUGACUUUAAAUGGGGAAGAUUCAUCGGCGGGAGUUAGCACAUCAGCUAGUACGAUGAAUAAGUUAGAAUUAAAGAUGUCGAAGAAGAUUGCGCUUAACAAGAAGCCUACCACGGUUAAGGAACUUUUUGAUACUGGUUUGGUUGAUGGGGUCCCUGUGGUUUACAUGGGUGGAAAGAAGGCAUCUGGUCUUAGAGGCAUAAUCAAUGAUGGUGGGAUAUUGUGUUCAUGUACCUUAUGCAAAGGAUGCAGAGUAAUUCCGCCAUCCCAGUUUGAGAUUCACGCCUGUAGACAGUACAGACGAGCUGCACAGUAUAUCUGUCUCGAAAAUGGGAGGAGCCUCCUUGAUCUGUUGAAAGCAUGCAGGGGGGCACCUCUACAUACAUUGGAGGCAACAGUUCAGAGUUUCAUAAGCUCUUCACCUGAAGAAAAGUACUUCACUUGUGAAAAAUGCAGAGUGUCUUACCCUCCAUCAUGUGCUGCAAAAGACGAAUCUCUCUGCAAUUCAUGCAAUGAUUUAAAAAAUCCACAAUGCAGCAGCCCAACUGAGUCACUUGGUAAAAGAAUAAGAUCUCCUGUGCCAGCUCCAGUUUCCGAGUCCCCCAUAACUCCUCCAGAAUUUGUCUCUUCUCAAGAUAGAAGAGCUUGGAAGCUAACAAGAAAGUUAUCAACCCCACUGUUAAUGCCAAAAGCCUCUAAAAGUGCUUCUCCAUUGCGUAUGUCUCCGCCAUAUAAGCGUCAGUGGAAGACGACAGCAAAGUCAUCGAAAUCAGUUUUACUUUCAAGUUCAAAGUCCCAAAAAAUUACCUCAGCUAGUGUCUCUUCACCAAAAAAAAUUCAUUGGAAGAUCACAACAAAAGAUCAACGGCUACAUAAAUUGGUUUUCGAGAAUGGUGGACUGCCUGAUGGAAGUGAAGUAGCUUAUUAUGCACGUGGACAGAAAUUGCUUGUGGGUUAUAAGAAGGGCUUUGGAAUUUUUUGUCGAUGCUGCAACUCUGUGGUCAGUCCUUCACAGUUUGAAGCUCAUGCAGGUUGGGCUUCAAGAAGAAAACCUUAUGCAUAUAUUUACACAUCGAAUGGCGUAUCUCUCCACGAAUUGGCGGUAUCUUUGUCUAGAGGCCGCAAAUAUUCUGCCAAGGACAAUGAUGACUUGUGCAUCAUUUGUGCAGAUGGUGGGAAUCUUGUACUUUGUGAUGGAUGCCCAAGGGCCUUCCACAAAGAAUGUGCUUCUCUACCUGCUAUACCUCGUGGUGACUGGUAUUGUCAAUAUUGCCAGAAUAUGUUUGAAAGAGAGAAAUUUGUAGAACAUAAUGAGAACGCUCUUGCGGCUGGGAGGGUCUAUGGAAUCGAUCCUAUAGAAGAGAUAACCCAAAGAUGCAUUCGUAUAGUUAAAAACAUAGAAGCCGAACUAAGUGGAUGCGUAUUAUGCAGAGGCUAUGAUUUUAGCAAAUCUGGAUUUGGUCCACGUACUAUUAUACUUUGUGAUCAGUGUGAGAAGGAAUAUCAUGUUGGCUGUUUAAAGAAACAUAAAAUGGCAAAUUUAAAGGAAUUGCCUAAGGGGCAGUGGUUUUGUUGCAUGGAUUGCAGCAGGAUACAUUCUACUCUGCAGAAGUUACUAGUUACUGGACCUGAGAAGCUCCCAGACUCUAUUUCGGAUGCUAUGAAGAAGAAGCACAUAGAGAAAGGUUUGGAUAUUACAAAUGGAUUUGAUGUGAGAUGGAGACUUAUUAGUGGCAAAAUUGCUUCUUCUGAAUCCAGGGUAUUGCUUUCGAAGGCUGUUUCUAUAUUCCAUGAAUGCUUUGAUCCUAUAAUUGAUUUCCAAUCUGGACGUGACCUUAUUCCAGCCAUGGUCUAUGGGAGGAAUGUUAGGGGUCAAGAAUUUGGAGGGAUGUAUUGUGCAAUACUAAUGGUCAACUCUACUGUCGUCUCAGCGGGACUUCUUAGAGUUUUUGGACAAGAAAUUGCUGAACUCCCUUUAGUUGCUACUAGUAAUAGUAACCACGGCAAGGGCUACUUCCAGUUAUUGUUCUCAUGUAUUGAAAAGCUGCUAGGAUUCUUGAAUGUGAGAAGCAUUGUACUCCCCGCUGCCGAAGAAGCAGAAUCCAUAUGGACUGAUAAAUUUGGUUUUACAAAAAUUAGACCAGACCAGCUCAUCAACUAUAGAAGGGUUUGCUACCAAAUGGUGACCUUCAAAGGGACAUCCAUGCUACAAAAGAGAGUUCCAGAGUGUCGGAUUUCCCAGACAUCGUCAUUAGAUUGGUAAAUGAACAGUUUCCAUGGCAAGCUUACUAAUUUUUCCAGUUCAUGUUUGUAAAAAAGAAGAAGAAGACUGAUGAAUUGGGUUGUCAAGCCUUUUUGUGCAUAUCAACAUCAUUUGUCAGAAGUUUGAGCCAGUUUGGCUUACCUGUAAUUUAUUAAUCCGUAUUAAAAGCUCUAAUUCCAAAUGCUUUCGAAACCCCCUGCAACAGGUUUUUUGCAUUAGACCAGUUCAAGCUUUUAGGAAGAGUAGUGUGUACCAAAUACCAAUAUGGGAAAUGCUUAUUGUAUACGCUUCUUGCGAAUUUAUGUGCAAUUUAUAGGGAGAUUUAGGAGCUUGGUUGGACAAGUAUGUAAUUCAUCUAGUUUUUAAUUUUUAUUGUCACUUUUUUAAUCUGAAAAUUUAGUAAAUUACGAAUAUAAAUUUGAAACGCA